AUGAAGCGUCUGCUACUGGCACUGCUAGUAACAAUGAUAGUGUGCGCCGCUCUACAGGAAAACGGCAACCAAACGAUGGAAGAUAGCUCGUAUAAGCACUGCGCCAGUCUGGAUACUGUCCCGUCCAGGCUAACUGCGAUCAUGGCCAUGAUGGGAACCUGGUACGGAAGUGAACUGAUCACUCACGACGGCCCCGAAGAAGGCAUCAUGCAGUAUCGGAACUGCCCGGUUGUUAACCUGACCCACGUUGCUAAGCCGGUGGGUGGCACGAAAAAGCCCAACAAGGAAAUAUACGGGUACAUUCGCUACCUGGAAAUGUUCUGGAGUGAAGCCGAGCAUUCGUUGAAGUUCACGCUGAGCUACGACAGUAUGCGGCACACUUUCUGGAUGGCUUUGGAGCCCCCGACCGGAUUCAUGCCCAGAUGGUACAACAACCAGCAGUACAACCAGUUCACGGGCGUCAUACAGGUGGUGAAAUCGACCGACAACCUACUGGUGCUCACGUUCUGCCACACCACGCCGGGGCAGCUGUUCACGGUCGUUCUCCAGCGCGACCCUCCGACGGACCGGGUGUCGGAAACAAUUCGGAGCAUCCCCAAUCUGCUGCACAAGCACGGUCUUCCAAACUACUCGGUUCGUAAGAUGUGCGACACAUCUUAUGGACCGCCGGAUCAAGUCGGAUCAACUAACGGGACCGCCGGCCCCGCCAUGGGCUCGCUUCACGUGUUGCUAGUGCUGGCCGCCGUGCUGUUCAGUGUUUAA